GGCUGCAUUCUCAGUUAUGUCAUCAAACCAGAUGAGUAUACUUGAUCAGAAGUUCCCUGAUACUCUUGCUGAGCAUCUGCUUACAGUGAACUAGAACUCAACAUCCCCUUCUUUUUAAGACUCUUGGAAGCUAUCAUAGGGAACUCUUGUAACAGGCGAGCCGCAAUUGUAAUGAUUUAUAGCAUGAUCUUAAACAGUUGCAUCAACAAGGUGUCUGCAAUACAAAGGAUGAUUACAACGCUGGCUGUCAGAUGUCAUGCUGACAAUAUGCUUCUUAGUAGACUGAACAAGCUUCACAUCACUAUGUCAGCGGUCAGUAAAGGCAAUAUAAUUACUGAGUGGGGAGAUAAUUAUGACAAUCGUUUAAAGAAAUCGAUAGCAGAUGGAAAUGAUGGCAAGUUGAAUGGGGACAAUGUGGACAUAUUUGUGACAACAAAUGACAUUCGAAUGAAGAAAUUUUUCAAAAAAUCUUCUGGUAGGGACGUUGGAACGUUGUAUCAUCUCAAAACAAUAAUUCAGAGAACAAGUGUCAACGGCAACGUGAAAAGUCGUUUUAAGGCACACGAAGAGUUUGCCCUUCUUGUCGGGAAGGCAUAUGUGCUUGAGGCUGCUAUGGAGCACUUUGGGAUGGACAAUAUGGAAAGUAUUCCUACUCUAAAUGUACCGACGGAAGACAUAAACAAAAGUCACCAUUCAAGACGCCUCAUGGAGUUCAACAAAUCAAUGGAUGGGUUUAUAACAAUGGUGUGCAGUUCCCUUAGUUUUAAUGAAGUACCUGACCAGAGCAGAGUUACUGUGACUAUUGCUGGCCAAGAUGUACAACUACCCGUAGAGAAUGGAAAUGUCCACAUCAAAUUUCAACAUCUUGGACAGGCCAUAACAGUGCUAAUAUCAUUAAAAACUUUAAAACAGAACAGUGUAAGGGUGAUGUUGGGAGGAACUGCUGUGACCAUUAUGAUCAAACAGGGUGAUGAACUGCAAAACUAUAUUUUAAAUUACUUGCAGUACUACUUUGUUCUUUUAAACUUUAAAGACUCCAUUCGUGAAGGUGAUAUUAUCCGAACAAGCAACAUCCUUAAGAUAGCUAUUCCAUUUUUUUUCAAUCAUUCUCCUCUUUCAAAGUAUAUGGUAGAGUGCAUUGAUUUUAUACUUAAGACAGAGGUAUUACUACCAGCUAAACUUUCAUUACAAGUAAGGGUUGCUUCUUUUGUGAAUCCAAAAGGCAGACAGGGUAAAAACAAGGCUGCUGACCUUCAGAAAGAAAAUCAGGUCAAAGAGGUAAAAACUCUUAUUAGGGGCCUUGGUGCAAAUAAAACAGAACAGUCUGUUAUAAAGAUAUCAGCAGCCGCACCUGUUAUAAAGGAUAUAGUACAGAAUUUUGAUAGCCAGAUAGAUUUUAAAGAGAAAUCUACUUCGCACAAGAAAAGAUCUGAGGAGGAAGAUUUGCAGUGUAUUAUAAAAGUUCUCCGGGAGCUCCGGCCUUUUAGGACUGUACCUGGUAGAAAACUUGAAAGUUUUAAUGACAUGAAGGCUAGUGUUUUUCAUGAACUGUAUGACAAAAGAGGAGUUUUAAAUGAGAAAAUACAACAGCAGUUUUGCAUGGGGCAUGUUAGGUUCUUUUAGAAAAAAAAUUUGCAGAGUUAUGGGACUUUGUUUUUUUGUUACUAUACUAAUACAUAGACACAAUCUUGUGCGCACCAUCUCUCCUCAUCCCCUUGACACAAUUUAAUGAAACUUCUCACAAGUGAUCAGUACCAACCCUAGUUGUGCAUGGUGCAUGUUACAUUCUUUUAGAAGCCCGCCCGCUUAGCUCAGUAGGUAAGAGCGUUGGUCUACGGAUCUCGGGGUCGUGAGUUCGAUCCUCGGGCGGGGCGUAUGUUCUCCGUGACUAUUUGAUAAACGACAUUGUGUCUGACAUCAUUAGUCCUCCACCUCUGAUUCAUGUGGGGAAGUUGGCAGUUACUUGCGGAGAACAGGUUUGUACCGGUACAGAAUCCAGGAAAACUGGUUAGGUUAACUGCCCGCCGUUACAUAACUGAAAUACUGUUGAAAAAUGGCGUUAAACCCAAAACAAACAAACAAAGAUAAAUAUUCUGCAUAGUUAUGGGACUUUGUUUUUUGUUACUAUACUGUAUACAUACAGUCUAUAUACAUAUAGUCCAUAUAAUUAUGCAAUCUUGUGUGCGUCAAAUUGCAAUGUACUGUGUCAGUGCAUG